AUGCCUUCGCCGUCCCGUGCGAUGCAUUCUGUGACGGAGGUGGUGAAAGCAAUAGUGGGUGGCGGAGAGGCUGACGCGGAUAGGCGCCACCCGUCCUCGGAGACGGUGAUCAUUGCAAAUGAGCGGCAAACGAGAGCUCCACGAAUUAUUACGGACAAUAGCCAGGGACUAAGCCACCGAGCACUUGCCGCCGAUACUCCGCACCUUAUCCCUCCCAUAACUAUUGCACAAGCCACACUUGGUCGAAGCGGAGCUGGAAUAAGUUAA